GUGGCAGUCAAUGCAACAACGUUUGAGUGUAAUCGCACGGUUGGAUUCAUUCUGCAGCCGAGUGAGUCCAGGAUUCAGCUGAGGCUUAAUUGUCAAGAAAGAAAUACUAAAUGUGGCCAAGGGAAGGAGCCAUUAGCUGGUGAUGAUUGUCGACAGUGUCCAUUCGGCUUUUUUAAGAGUGACAACUCGGACUAUGGCAUGUGUAGAGCAUGGAGAAACUGCUCUCUGCUGGGUCUGGUGGAGGGCAGGGCAGGCAGCCACAUCAGGGAUGUCACCUGCACAGAAGUGGCCGAGGCUUCAACAACUGUAGCUCCACCCCUACCUACCAGACCAUCUACGAGGCCAUCUACAAGACCAUCUACCAGACCAUCGACAGGACAAUCAACAAGAACCCCCACAAGUAAUCCUACUGUACCCCCUUCCAUACAGUCAAAUGGCACCACUACUGAACCCCCUACUGCUGAACCCCCUACUACUGGUGAAGUUCCGCCCUGGGUUGUACCUACAGUUUCUCUUGCUGUAUCGCUCCCCUUGAUCGGACUCAUUAUUUGUUUUCUGUGGAAAAGGUGUCAGCCUCUGAGAAACUGUUUACGUAAAGGAAAUGAAAUGGAUGUACCUCUACAAAUGGAAAUGGAACCUUUAACACCAGGCAGCCCAAACACCCCAAAUGGGAGUCAAUCUGGUCAUCAAUCCAACAUUACAGAGUGUACUUAUGUAACACCCAGUCAGCUUGAGUCUAGCUCAUCCGCCCCAGAUCAACCUCCGCUUACCGACUCAUCAUCUCGGACACCAUAUACUAAUGGGUCAGUGUCGUCAGUGCCCUACAACCAGGUUGAACAUUCGAGUGCAGGGCCUCAUGAUGCUGGGCUUGGGUCUGACUCAGAUAUGUCCAGUUAUCCAAGUGGGCAGUCAUCCUUGACUGGUCUGAAGCAGGUUAUGGUCCCUACAGAGCAUGCGACAAACAGAAAGCAGGUGGCACCAGUGGUGGAGGAGACUAGCUGUAAACAAGCAGGUGCUGAGGGUGUUGACACCAGGGCUGAUGCUAACAAGCAGACGGUGCCGAAGGUGGCAUUCACUGAUGCAGGUUCACCAGGUAGGGGGCAGGGUGUUCCUGCCCAUCCAAGACAUGAUCUGAAACUGAUCUUACCCCGCCCCACUGACAGCACUGAGAAGAAGAGGCCCGUGGGUAGGGUGACACCCAUGGUGACACCAGGUCCAGAUCGACCAUUUCAUUUUCCACGGACACCUGAUGAAAACAGUGACAAUAGCAGCUCCAAUGUCAGUCACUUUCCUAGCCCCACCAGGAACAUUCAGCCUCCAUUACAGCGUGGAAACAGUUCAGGGGGGACAACCCAACAAGCAGUGGUGCCUCCGCUUGUUAAUGUGCAGCCCGAUAGGGCGAUGGAUCCUGCAGAUGAGCAGCUCCGAGAAGCAACUCAGAGAAGAUAACCGAUGUACAGGGAAGAGCCGACCACUAACCAACACUCUGUUCUGGAGACUGACCACAGUGGAGGUUAGGCCAUUUUAUCAGACAGCAUUACAAAUCCUGUGGAAAGAGGAACUUGUACCGUCUAUGAAGCUGUGCUUAGACAUGGACGUUAAACUAAUUGACUGACUAUGGCUUUUUGUGAACUCUGUGAUCUUCAUCUUAAAAUGGAUUUUUUGUCUUUGGGAAUAUUUGAUAUUUUCCAGGCAAUAAGAUAAACAGUGGUUAUGAAUUUGGACCAUCUGAAUAAUGUUGGAUACAUGGCCAAAGCAAAGAAGACUAUUUCGGUUAUUUUGUUGAACUUGGCAACAACAAGGCAAUAUUCAACAUGUCCAUUGAAUCACAAGGACUUAAAUGGCCAUUUAAUUCAAGGAAUAGCUUCCAACAUCGUCACUGUUAUUCAAAGUGGAUUUCAAGAGUCUGGAUAUGAGAUUUGUGAAUUCCGAUCUGUCAUCAUUGUGAUGACAUUUAUUGUUGU